AUGGUAGGGACAAGAGUUUAUAUUGGUGGUCUGCCUUAUGGUGUUAAAGACAGAGACAUUGAAAGGUUCUUUAAAGGGUAUGGCAGAAUCCGUGACAUUCUCAUCAAAAAUGGGUAUGGAUUCGUGGAAUUCGAUGAUUAUAGGGAUGCGGAUGAUGCUGUUUAUGAAUUAAAUGGAAAGGAUCUGUUGGGAGAACGAGUGUCAGUUGAACGAGCACGGGGGACUCCGCGGGGAAGUGACCGUUGGAAAGAUAGAGACCGAUACGGUCGGUUCGGGCCUCCCCCUCGCAGGCGAAGCCGCGAUCGUCGGGACAGGGACCGGGAUAGAGAUAGAUAUGAUCGUGAUCGGGACAGGAACCAAUUUUUAGCAAGACGAAUUUCUCUGCAAAAUAAAUAUUUAGCUCAAGCUUUUCAGAUUCCAGAUAUCGUCGAUUCAUGUUCGUCCGGUUUGUUCUGUUGCCUUUGUCAUUACAAGAUUGUUCUUAUGUUUUUAUAUUUUUUUGUUUCCAGAGAGGAUAGGGGACGCGGAAGCGACAGGUAUGGGCCGCCGACGAGAACCGAAUACCGUCUCAUCGUUGAAAAUCUGUCGAGUCGUGUAAGUUGGCAGGAUUUGAAAGAUUACAUGCGUCAAGCUGGUGAAGUGACUUACGCCGAUGCUCACAAGAAUCGGAGAAACGAAGGGAUUGUCGAAUUUAGUUCGAGUUCGGAUUUGAAAGCGGCAAUCGACAAAUUGGAUGGAACCGAAUUAAACGGACGGAAAAUUCGUCUUAUAGAAGAUAAGAGUAGACGUCGAAGAUCUCGAUCAUCUAGCGGGUCGCAUUCGAGAUCUCGUUCUCGAUCAAGGUAUUUGUUACCUGGUUCCGUCCCGUUACUUUUACAAGAAAAUCAAGUAGGAGUCGGAGGAGCAGGAGUAGCAGACGAAGCAGUCGUUCGAAAUCCAAAUCGAGAGGUCGAUCCAAAUCCGCUUCCCGGUCGAAAAGUCGCGAUAGAUCUCGAUCCAAAUCCAAGUGAGAAUAACAGAUCGAAGUCGAGAUCGCGGUCUCAAUCCAAGUCUCCUAUAAAAAAUAACAGAUCAAAAUCCAGAUCGGAAUCGAAACCCAAAAAUGGAUCAGUUUCCAAGGAUCGCUCUCGUUCCCAUUCGGGAAGCAAAGGGAAGUCGAAAUCAAGGAGCCGAUCUCCGUUGAAAAAAGAUGACAAUGAAAAAGAAGAUUAG